GAGUUUUGGUAGAAAGCAUGUUUAUUUUCAGUCUAAAACCUCCAUUAUUAGACUAGUUCAAUUUUCGUUGGUGGUGUGAGGUGGCUGUGUACUAUCCAACUGUGGUGGUGGCGGUGGCGGCAAUGUCUCCCCGGUGGUGGAGAUAUCGUGCUUUCCUCACCAAACCCCUCUAUUCUUUACUCAAAUUAAGACACUUCUGCCAAUCUGCCACCGAUCCCAUUUCGAAUUCCCAGCCAGUUGUGAAAACAGUCAGCUCGUUAGUCCAGGAAUCAUUUUUUCAACAGAAGCAAAAAUCCCAUUUCGGGCCAGUACUUGCCAACCUUAACAUGCCUAUAAGUCCCGAAUCUUUAACCCAAGAAGAGGCCAUUACUAUAGCUGCAUCUUUGGCUAAUGAGUCAGGCUCAAUGGUUGCACUGAGUUUCUUUUACUGGGCAAUUGGUUUCUCGAAAUUCAGGCAUUUUAUGAGGUUUUACAUUGUUUUAGCUAUGUGUUUGAUGAAAAAUGGGAACUUUGUGAGAGCCAAUGAAGUGAUGCAUUGUAUGGUCAAGAAUUUUGGUGAGAUCGGGAUGCUAAAGGAGGCUGUCGACAUGGUGCUUGAGAUGCAAAAUCAAGGCUUGGUUCUCAGUGUUCAUACUCUGAAUUGUGUCCUAGGUGUUGCUGUUGAGAUGGGGUGCGAUGAUGUGGCUGAGGAUGUGUUUGAUGAAAUGUCUGAAAGAGGGGUUUGUCCGAAUGCUUGCACUUUUGAAACCAUGGUUGUUGGUUAUUGCAGGAUGGGCAGAGUUCUGGAAGCGAAUAGGUGGCUGGUUUCAAUGCUGGACAGGGGUUGUCUUGUGGACAAUGCAACUUGUACUUUGAUUACGAGUGUGUUCUGUGAAAAGGGUUAUGUGAGUAGAGCACUGUGGAUUUUUAAUAAGUUGGUUGAUGUAGGAUUUGCUCCAAAUCUGAUAAAUUUUACUAGUUUGAUCAAUGGAUUAUGCAAGAGGGGCAGUAUUAGGCAAGCAUUUGAAUUUUUGGAGGAAAUGGUUCGAAAGGGUUGGAAACCAAAUGUAUAUACCCAUAGUAUUUUGAUUGAUGGUCUUUGUAAAAAGGGAUGGACUGAUAAAGCAUUUAGGCUUUUCUUGAAGCUUGUUAGAAGCGAUAAUUACAAGCCAAAUGUGCAUACUUAUACAGCUAUGAUUGCGGGGUACUGCAAAGAAGAAAAGUUAAACCGAGCUGAGAUGCUGUUGAGCAGAAUGCAAGAGCAGGGAUUAACUCCUAAUGUCAAUACAUACUCCACUCUUAUUGAUGGAUACUGUAAGAUGGGGAAUAUAGGCCGUGCGUAUGAGUUGAUGAACACAAUUCGUAGAGCUGGUCUAGCUCCUAAUAUUUGCACCUAUAAUACAGUUAUCAAUUGUCUUAUUAAGAAGGGAAAGGUUAGUAAGGCUCAUAAAUUGCUCAAAAGAGGUUUCAGAAAUGGACUUUCUGCUGAUAUAGUUACAUAUACUAUUCUCAUUUCAGAAAGUUGCAAGCAAGCAGACUUAAGGCAAGCAUUAGCACUGUUUAAUAAGAUGGUAAAAGCAGGUAUAAUGCCUGAUGCGCAUGUGUACACUACCUUGAUUUGUGCUCUCUGCAAAGAAAACAGAAUGGCAGAAAGUGAAAAGCUUUUCGAUGAUGCUUUCAUCAAGCUUGGCCUGGUUCCGACUAAACAAACUUAUACAACUAUGAUAUCUGGAUAUUUCAGAGAUAAAAAUGCUAGCAUGGCCUUGAAAUGUUUUCAAAAUAUGAAUGAACAUGGCUGUGCUCCUGAUAGUCUUACUUAUGGUGCCAUGAUAAGUGGACUUUGCAAGGAGUCCAAAUUGGAUGAGGCUAGAAGGCUAUAUGAGACAAUGAUAGAUAUGGGGCUUUCCCCAUGUGAAGUUACUCGGCUGACGAUGGCUUAUGAAUUUUGCAUGAAGGAUGAAUCGUCUGUUGCUAUGGCCCUAUUGGACAAACUAGAAAAAAAGCUAUGGGUUCGCACUGUGAGCACCUUAGUCAGAAAGCUAUGUGGUGAAAAGAAGGUGGAUAUAGCUGUGCAGUUUUUUGACAAGUUAUUGAAUAAACACCAGAAUGUGGACCGUGUAACUCUUGCGGCAUUCAUGACUGCUUGUUAUAAUAGCAACAAUUAUGCCCUAGUUGCAAAUGUCUCUGACAAGAUAUCGAAGCAAAAAGGAGAAUCUAUUAGAUGAUGUUACCCAUCUCUGGCAAUUAAGAACAGCAAAACGGUGAAAAAGUCAAAAGUGGUUUUUUCGAUUGAGCUGUUGCUUUCUCUAGCCAUGGAUUGGAAUAUCCAGCAUGAAAGCUUCUGCUUUCCUUAGAGGGACUGAAACUACAUACUGGAGUUUUUGGAUGCCAGACACCUUUUGGAUGACUGGAAAAUCCUGUGAAACCUGGUUGUGGAACUUUAAAAGUUAGUGCCAUGUUCAAUCUAGUCGUGACUAAUCUGAUUUUGAUGAAAAUUGGGAGACAGUGCUAGUAACUAAGAAGCUUGAUUGAAGAGUUCAAUUCAGUUUUUUCAAAUACUUGAAUUGAAUCAAAUUAUCGUGUGUACUUUUAAAAAGUUUACGCUCACAUGAAGUUAAGGUUCCUCUCUCCCUCCCUCUCUCUCUCUCUGUUCCUUGUAUCUUGUGUCCAUCCUAAAUAAAAAUGCCAUUCUCCCAGGUUAACUUUUCCCAUCGAGGCGUCCUGCUUUAUGAGGACUGUAAUGGCUCCUUGGUGCUUCACAAGAUUUUUGUUGUACAUUCAACAAUGCUUCAUUCAUUGUAGUUGAUUGUGCAAAACAGAUGUCUAAGUUAGUAAUUAACCACUAAGUAUCUAUUGCAGGCACUUUUCUUGUAAAUAUCAGGGUUUCAAGUCUUCUCGUUUUUUAUUUUGAGUUAAUCCAAGUUUCAGACAGACCCACUCAUAAUAUUGAGACUUGAAAUCCUCGUUCUAUGCAGGCUGAAGAUGUUAUUAUUUGAUCAACUGAUGUCAGAUUGAUGGACCAGAAAUAUGAGGAAUUUGAGCCCCUACAUACCAAGAGUCAUACUGCUUUAAGUUUAAGAUCCUCAAAAGGACUACAACCGUAGUUCUUGACAUGCGAAUGUUACGGCUUGAAUCUUGAGAGAUGGAUGCAGUGGAAAAUGAAGACGCAGCAUCAGUUUGCGACAAAAGUUCCUGCGUCAAUUUCAUAUCUAUGGAAAUAUUUCAGUACCCUUUGAAAUUGGUUGACGAUGCUGAGUUUGCUUGGAAUCAUGUUUCGGUUUUAGGCAGGAUAAUUGGAAUGAGAAACUUGCAAAAAGAUGCUCAGUCGAAGUAAUGACUGGUAUCAUGUUCACAAAUGGAAGUUAGUGUUGCUACUGCAUAAUCUCCAAGGUCUAGUGGCAACAAUUUACAUGAAGAACAAUCUGAAGUCUGCACUCGAGGAUUAUUUUAGUAUUGUGUCUGGAAACAUAAUUGCUGUAGCAAAGAUCAGAGGAUGAGACCUGCAAUUGAUAAUUUAUUUGAGCAAAUACUAAUAGAAAUAAAUAUUACUAAAGUUGGUUCACAUUAGUGUCUGCAGUUUGCAUAUUCGAACAGACAUAACAUGAAAUCUUAAGCCUUGAGUUUGAUUAAAGGCGA